UCGGUCAGCAGGCUGUAUAAAGGGGCGGAGCGGCUCGCGGCGCAGAGAGAAGAUGGCGCUCAACAGGAACCAUUCUCCUCAGGGAGGGGCUCUGAUCAACAACACCGAGAGCGUGCUAAGAGACUGUAAGACUGUGGAGCUGUCCUUCAGUGAUGUCACACAGAAGAGUGACCUGUUCAAGGGGACCAAGAAGGGCAGUGUGUACCUCACGCCUUACAGGAUGGUGUUUGUGAGCAGUAAUAUGAAGGAUAAGUUCUGCUCCUUCAUGUUCCCGUAUUACCUGAUGAAGAACUGCAGCAUUGAACAGCCUGUGUUUUCUGCCAACUUCAUCCAGGGCAUCAUCAAAGCAGAACCUGGUGGUGGUUGGGAAGGUCAGGCUAACUUUAAGUUGUCCUUCCCUAAUGGAGGAGCCAUUGAGCUUGGACAGCACCUCUUUAAACUGGCCUCCAAUGCAUCUCGUGCCCCCCCACAGAGUGGAGCGAAUGCUUUUGCCCCUGCAGGCUACAUGAACGGUUAUGCAAGUCCAGCAAUGCCUCAACCCUACUACAACCCUUACCCUUACCCACCUGCAGCUCCAGUUCCACCCUACAUGGCUCCACCUCCUCCAUACCCUGGACCUCCUCAGAACUGGAACCCUCCUCCAGUUGUUCCUGGUAACACUAAAGCGGCCGAGGCAGCUGGCAGCGCUUACUACAAUCCCACCAACCCGCACAACGUCUACAUGCCGAUGGAUCAGCCUCCUCCGUACUAUCCUCCUCAGAACCAGCCUGAUAAGAAAAACAACUAAAGCCCCACCCCUUCCUGUGAAGUCACAUGACUGCAUGGUUAUGACAUCACAGAUUUUUCUCAGAUUUGGCUCGUACUGGAUAUUAGAACCCGAGCAAACCGUAUUAUACAUACCUGUAUAUCUCAUUUUCCUCUGUGUGAGUGAUGGAUGGAUGGAAUGUGUGUUGUUUAUAAUCGAAGUUUUUCUAAUUCAGCUUUUCUGCACCUUCUCACUUUUAAUCAAAUGUUUAUUAGUUAACGAGCAUAUAAAAUCAUUAAAUGCUUCUCGGCUGCUGUUAGAUUCGCUGCUUUGUGACGUUUUCAUGGCGGUUUGUGUAGCAAAACAAUAGCACAAUCAGUAACUUUAAUAUUCCUAGUAAAUUUGUGUUUUUCCUCUGAGAGAACACACCUGUACGCUUUCCUUUGUUCAUAAUGACUUUCUCAGAUUUGCAGCUACUGGAUUAAAAUUACUGAUGAAUCAAUAACUCAAUAAAUAUCUUAGAUUCCGAA